AUGCUUGAACGUAAUAAACUCGUACCCUUUACUUUUCCCAAUGACCUUACUAAGAAUCGCGACGGCCUCUUCGAGGUCACUAUAGGUGGAGGAGAGAUUGUGAAGGUUCUUGAUGGCAGUGUCCCAUCCAAUUCCGCGAAUGAAGAGUUUGCACUGGGUAGGGUCCUAAUUGGCGAUGGAUCGGACGGUGUCGAGAACUCUGCUGCCUUCGCACUUCGAACAUUAGCAUGGAAAUACCGCUCGAAGAACAUGUCCUUGAAUCUGUCCCACGUUAUUGGAACUAGAAUCAGACUCUGCUCCUCUAUAAGAAGUGCUGCUCUCCACCAACGCUUCGCCUCCCCUGAUCUUAACUCUUCUAGUGAUGGCAGCGAAAGUAUUGAAGAAGUGCCAGAAGGAUGUCCUGUCAACUACGGAGUGGUUAAUGGUGCAGCCGACGAAGAGCCCAUCGAUGAGCUUCGUAACUUGAACGCAGCGAGGCCGCUUGCACCCACCAUCUCCGUCUCUCUGUCUGAGCUUCUCUGUUCGCCAUUUCCUCAUCAUCGUCUUCUUCUUGUAAAAAGCCAUCAGCGAGAAUUGUGUGAGGACGUUGAUUUUAGUGAUGCAGUACUCAAGUACAUAAGCCAGAUGCUUAUGGAGGAAGAUACGGAAGAGAAAAUUUGCAUGUUUCAGGAGUCUGCACUUCAAUCUGCGGAGAAAUCAUUCUAUGAGGUUCUUGGGGAGAAGUACCCUCCUUCACCCAAGCACCAUCGCCCACCUUUUUUGGAUCAAAAUAUUGAGAGCCAAGACGAAAUCCAGACUGGGAAUUAUAGCGAAUGCAAUGAUUGUGGCUGGAAUGUUAUUAACAACUUGGAAGAUCCUUGGUGGGAUUGCAAAUCUAAUGGAUACGUGCCCUGCUAUUCAGAGAGUACUCCCGUGGACUGGACAUCACAAUCAUCAUUCAGCAUGACAAACAGCGGGGCUAAAAUAUUAGAUGGUUUUUUUGAUUGUCCAGGAAGUAGACAUGGGCUUCUUGAUUGUGAGAGCAAAUCUAUUAUGCAAUUCAGGAGAGAGAUUGAUGAAGCAAGCAAGUUUCUCCCGAAAGACAAUAAUUUGUGUGCUAAUUUCAGUAGUAGUCAGUUCACGUUGCCCAAUGAGCCAGAGGAAGAAGCUAACGCUGUGGUAGUGGAGGUUGAGAAGCAUGGGGAUCAGUACUCCUUUGAUGGGUCACGGGGAAGGAAGCAUCCUCUUCGUGAGGACGGGGAUUUGGAGAUGGAGGGGAGCACCAAGCUGUCAGCUGUUUGUACUGAAUCAACUGUGAGAACAGAAAUGCUUGAUAUGAUGUUAUUGUCUAUUAGAGAGAAAGGUAUGGCUGCACUCCGUGUAGCCUUGCAGGAUAGACUGUUGAAAAAUAUGCUUCCAAAUGGCCGACUAAAGGGAUCUAAUGGUAGAAAGGGUCAGAAAAUGAAACGAGGAGCAGAGACGGUGGAUUUGAAAACUCUUCUAAUCCUCUGUGCAGAAGCAGUCACAAUUAAUGAUCGAAAGAGGGCAAAUGAGCUACUGAAACAUAUCAGAGAACACUCUUCUGCUACUGGAGACGGGAUGCAGAGACUCGCCACCUAUUUUGCAAAUGGCCUUGAAGCACGCUUAACUGGUUCCGGAAGUCAGAUUUAUGCUAUAUUUUUUGCCAGGAAACCAACAACUGCUGAGAUCUUGAAAGCUUACUAUCUGCUUUUAGCCGUGUGCCCAUUUUGGAAGCUCAACAAUUUCUUCUCAAGCAAGAACAUUUUGCAUGCAGCUGAGAAAGCAACAAGGCUCCACAUUAUUGAUUUUGGAAUUUCCUAUGGUUUUCAGUGGCCUUCCUUCAUAGAACAGCUCUCAGCUAGAGUGGGUGGGCCUCCAAAGUUACGGAUUACCGGGAUUGAUCUUCCACCACCGGGUUUCAAAGCAGCAGAAAUGAUUGAGGAGACAGGGCGUCGCUUAGCAAAUUAUGCAGAGAGUUUUAAUGUUCCGUUUGAGUUCAAUGCUAUCGCGAAAAAAUUGGAAAUGGUUCAAAUGGAUGAUAUCAAGAUUGACAGGGAUGAGGUGCUCGUGGUGAACUGGAAAUUUCCAUGUAAAUGCCUACUAGAUGAGACUGUUAUGUUUGAGAGCCCAAGGGAUAUGGUUCUUAACCUAAUAAGGAAGAUGAAUCCAGAUGUAUUUAUACAUGCAGUUUUGAAUGCUAACCAUGGUGCUCCCUUCUUCCUCACGCGAUUUCGAGAGGCUCUCUUCCACUAUUCUGCUUUGUUUGAUAUGUGUGAAAGUACUAUGCCCCGGGAGAUUCCAGAGAGGAUGCUGCUUGAAAGGGAUCUAUUUGGGCUAGAGGCAAUGAAUGUCAUUGCGUGUGAGGGCUUUGAGAGGAUAGCAAGGCCAGAAACAUAUAAACAGUGGCAAAUCCGAAAUAUUAGAGCUGGGUUUAGGCAGCUCCCUUUGAACGAGGAGAGCAUUAGGGUAGCAAAGGACUUUGUGACUUCAGGUUACCACAAGGAUUUUGUAUUUGACGUAGAUGCCCAGUGGUUGCUGCAAGGAUGGAAGGGUCGAAUUCUAAGUGCUUUGUCUGCUUGGAAGCCUCUUCAAUAA